AUGUCAGUUACUCCCAAUGAGAAGGAUUACGCCCCGGGGGAUCAACCCCCCGCAGUCGGGACUUUGACUGAGAAGCUUGAAGCUGGUACGGUAGCGCCAUCUUCUCCUAACAGCGAGGAUGUCUUCGUAUCACGGGAUGGGAUUCGUGUCCAUCCACAGCCAACGACGGAUCCUUUAGAUCCAUUGAAUUGGAGCUUUGUUCAGAAGCAUUCAAUUCUUGCUAUUGUUAUGCUCAAAUAUUUUCUCUUUACCUAUUUGACAACCACGACAGUUCCCAGCUUCCCCGACUUGCAGGAUGGAUAUGCAAUCACGUAUAUGCAAGUCAAUUGGACGGUCGCCAUACCAGCCCUCGGAUUGGCUGUUGGUCCUCUGGUCUGGUCUGGCCUGGCUGAUAUAUACGGCCGCCGCCUUAUCUUCAUCGUCGGUACGACCAUGGCGCUUGCUUCCACGAUUGGCGCUGCAAAGGCACCUGAAUAUGGAGGCUAUAUGGCCGCUCGUUUCUUUCAGGGUCUCGGAGUUUCGCCAGCUUCAACUGUUGGCCUCGCCGCUAUCAACGACAUGUUCUAUGAGCACGAGCGCGGUCAGAAGAUUGGCCUUUGGGUAUUGGCUAUCGACAGCGGUUUACUUGUGGGACCGAUCUUCGGAGGGUUUCUGAACAUUGUAUCGGCAGAAUGGAUCCAAUGGUUCACUGCCAUCCUCUUUGGGGUGCUUCUUGUUCUCGAGGUUCUCUUCAUGCCCGAGACAUUGUAUCCAAGGAACAACAUGCUGAAGCAAUUGCCAAUGGCGACUGCCUCCGAUGAGACAGCUGUGGAUAUCGAGAUGGCCGGCCGCCGGAGAAGCGAUGCCAGCGUAGUCAACCUGCCCCGAACCAAGCAACUGCCAUACAUCAACUACAAGCCUGUACCAGGUCUUCGCCAUCCCAAAAUAUGGGAUCCAGCCUUGCGCUUCAUCCUGACUUUCAAGUUCCUUGCUGUCACCAUUUCCGUCUUCACUUACUGCUUUCUUUGGUACUGGUGGGUCUUGAGUGUCAUCACCAUGCUACCGGCCGCUUACCUGGACUACACGCCCCAAAUCCAGGGACUGCUCUUCAUCGGUCUUUUACUUGGAACCUUGUUUGCGGAGAUAUUCCUUGGCGGUCGACUUAGCGACUACGUCUGUGCUAGACUGGCGAAGAAGAAUGGCGGUGUGCGUAUGCCAGAAAUGCGCCUGUGGCUCAUCUACCCUGCUGGUCUUCUCUCUGCACUGGGGUUGAUCAUCUGGGGCAUCAGCGUCGAUAGGGCAUACCACUGGGUUGUGGGACAGGUUGCGUUCUUCCUCUUUGCGGCUGGUAUCCAAAUGGGCAACACGGUCGUCUGCGCAUAUGUUGUCGAUGCCUAUCCAUUGCAGUCUAUGAGUACCAUUACGUUCUAUGCUGUCUUGUUGAACUUGUCCGCCUUCAUCGACCCAUUUUUCAUUGCGCCCUGGCAGGCAGAUUCGGGCUGGACUUGGUGCUUUGCGGGGCAAGGUAUCAUCUUGUUUUUCGGCGCUUUACCCAUCUUUGCACUCAUUCAUAUAUACGGCCCGCUUCUCAGAGCCAAGAGUGGAACUCCCAACUGGGUCAAUCCCGAGUUUGAUACCUUGCAAUAG